AUGCAGACUGUGCUCUUUUCGUGCUGGCUGUUUGCGUUUUGGAAGCUCGGCAGCGCUGUGCCAUCGACGGCUGUCGAGGACUGGCCGCGCGGCGGCGCGAGCGGGGCUUCUUCUUCUCCUUCUUCUUCUGCUUUCAACAACGACGACGAUGAGGCGCCGCUGCAGAUGCUCACUCGCGGCUGUCUGGAGCGCAUCGGUGUUGUCGGCAUCUCGCUCAUGGGCCUGCUCGCUGGCUUCGCCUCCGUGUCCGCGCCAUGGCACACCUGGACUUCCGUUACCGACCGCCGCCGCCGCCCCGUCACCGAUGCCGACGUCAACCGCAAGCAGACGGGCCUCGACGCCACCAGCGAGAUGCUCGUGACGAAACGUCACCGCCUGCAGAUGCUCGAACGCAAGGCCGCCGCGGACCUACCACGCUCCACCUCCACCGCCGCCGCCGCCGAAGCGAAAGCCGCCACGGGGCUCGUGGGCAAGAUGAUGGGCUCUCUUCGCGGCGCCGCCGGCGCUGGCUUGUCUGCCGAGGAGGCCGAGAUGCGCAGCCUGCGUGUCGACAUUGCCGGGCUGGAGACGAUGGAAGCCAACCUGGCAUCGAGCCUGGCCCUCGUGCGCGGGCGCCGCGCGGCCGACUCGCGCGCCGCCACGGCCUGGGGCCGCAUGUGCCUCGUGCCGUCGUCUCUGUUCGCGUGCUACUGCGUGUACCGCGUCGCCGCCACCACCCUCACCACGCUGCGCCGCUUCCGCGCGCCCUCGGCCAGCUUCUCCAGCAGCGACCCCAUCAACCGCUUCCUGGGCCUGCUCGCGCUGCACUGGGACCCGACGCUCGACCAGACGGCCUGGGCGCGCAUCAUCAGCUUCGUCCUGUCGGGCGUGCUCCUGCUCGCGAGCGCAAACAGCGCGCUGCAGACGUUCCACCUGUUUGCGCGGUGGACACCCGGGCUGCUGCGCCACGCGCAGGCCAACCUCGCGCUCGUCGUCGGGCAGGUCGCGGCAACGUACAUGAUUAGCGCGUCGCUGCUGAUGCGCAGCCAGCUGCCGCUCGAGGCGCGCUCGGCGGUGGGCGGCGUGCUCAAGGGCGCGCUGAGUCCCGUGUUUGUGGACGGCUGGUUUGAGGGAUGGUUUUUGACGGGCAGCGCUGUGACGGCGCUGGGUCUCUGGCUGGGACGGCGGCUGAGCGGUGGACGGGACGAGGAUUGGGAUGAUUAUGGUAAUGAGGAGAUGGGGGCCAAGAGAAUGUAG